AACGUUGCAUGUACGUUGAAAUACCCUCUGUCAUGAUCGCGGUUUCGGGUUUUAAAUAAAUCAAUACAGUAUAUGUAAAAGAAGCUCUUGUAACGUGUAGUGAAAGAUCGGACAUCAUGCAGAACAGUACAAGGUACAAACCAAAAACACAUCAGGGAGAUGCGUGUGGCAUGGUGUUUGUGCUAUUGUGUGCGUGUGUGCUAUUGUGUAUAGUAUUGUGCGUGUAUGCUAUUGUCCCUUACAGCUGAGGUGUCUGCUCAGAGCUGUGGGAUCGCAGCGUAUCCCCAGAUCCGCGUGGUGAACGGCGUGGAGGCUCGUGCCAACUCCUGGCCUUGGCAGGCGCUCGUGCAGAGGUACUCUGGAGGAAGAUGGGUCAACUACUGUGGAGGAACCCUCAUUGAUAGUCAAUGGGUGCUCACCUCUGCGAGCUGCUUCACGAGUGGCUACAGCUACAGGGUGGUGCUGGGAAAGCACAGUGUGUCCACAUCCGAGUUCGGGGAGGUCACCCCUCCAUUGAGCCUGGCCGUCUGGCAUAGCUACUGGAAUCCCAGCAUGCCGGCGAACGGGUGAGAACGCACACGGACGCGCUAGUUAAGUGACACCGUGACAUUCAGAGUUGCAAUCGACAGAUAAACAUACAUGCAGACAAACAUUCAUAGAGACAUUCCAACAGACAAAAGACAGAUUAUUUUUAAACAAACAAAGAUUAUCAUGGACACUGCCGUAAAACGAAAGAACGCAUAAUUUGAAUAUCAUAUGUCAGUUAAGGAUCAUUUGUAAACAGUAGAAUUGUAUUAUAUUAUAGAAGGCAGUGUUAAUGGCAAGGCGAUGAGUUGUCUUGAUUUGUACUCGUACACUGUUUCCAGCACAUGCCCAUUCUUUGUUUGACAAAGAGACAGACAGAUGCUACACAAUGCUAUUGCUUCAUCUCAUACAAUGCUUCUGAUAAUCCAAUAACUGGAAUAUACAGAAAUCCUCAUAUUGAUGACCGGCAUACUUAUCUGUGGGAGAUGUGGCGUCCACACAAUCUCCUAUUACAUGUGGUCCAAUUCUUCUUAUUAUCUGUCAUUUCCCCCCAUAAAUCAUUGGAGUAUAAUAGCAGAUAAUAGGAUCUGCAAUAUUGAUCUCCUAGCGCUGAACCCCCAAUGUUUGUUGUUAUGUUCCUUGUUGAGCGUCGCAUCACGGCUGCCCCUGGUCUCAAUCCACCACAGGUACGACAUCGCCAUGUUCAAGAUUGCAUCGCCCGUGGCUCUCUCCAGCAAGGUGCGCCUCGCCUGCCUGCCCAGCGCCAACCAGAUCCUGCCCAACAACUACCCGUGCUACGCCACGGGCUGGGGAUCCCUCGACAGUGAGUACCGUUCACUCGGUGUGCAUUAAACACAAGAGGGGGCAGAGCUAUGGACACUUUGCAUCAAAUUCCAUGUAUAUUGAGGCACCCAUGCGGCAACCUCGCCAAAGGGGACCCCAUUGGCAGCUGUCCCUGUCCACCAGAAGGUGAAUUCAGCACCCACCUACACGUGGAUGUAAUGAUGCCAACAGCGUGGCGGUGUUGCUACGUUGCUUUUCUCCUUUGAGCACUGAGAGUCGGACAGUUCGCUGGGGAGCGCCUGUUAACGUCACUUAACCCCGAUGCCUUCUCACCAACGCUCUCCGUCUCCACGUUGUCUGUGCGCGUGAGCAGCCAGCGGCCCCUUCCCCAGCGCCCUGCAGCAGGCCAGCCUGCCCGUGGUGGACUACGCGACGUGCAGCCAGCCCAG